CAAGAGGGAACAAAAUAUAGGAGUUCAGGAAGAGCAGAGCCGAAACUGUGAGAGAGAGAGAGAGAGAGAGAGAGAGAGCAUGGCUCUAAUGGCUACAAGAACCAGGCUCUCUAGGCUUCUCUUGUGUUCUCUCAGUGGCAAAUCCCGAGUAGCCCCCAGAUCCGUAUCCACCUCCAUUGGCUCCGACCCGCUUGGAUAUUGUGAUUACUCUCGCUCCCGUCAUUUCUCUUCUUCCUCCGCACUAGCUGUUUCAGAACCAGAUGCGGCAAGCUCGCGCCAUAUCGGGCUGGAGAUGCUCGCAGUGAAGGAUUACUUGGAUUACAGGAGGUCUCUCUACGGUGAAAUCACCCACAAGGCACUGUUUGUCGAUGCUGUUGGGACCCUCCUUGCUCCCUCUCAGCCCAUGGCCCAGAUAUACAGAGAGAUUGAGAGAGUAUGGGAGUGAGUACUCCGA